UGAGCCACCCCCGGAAGUGGCAUAUGACAUGUACUAGUAUUUCCGGGCUAGAGGCGGUCACUGGUCACAUGACUUGACAAGUACAUACCAGUCUACAAGAGCAUGGCACCCGCUCCGGAAGAGAAGCUGAGCGAGGUGUGCCAGAGGCUGGAUCAGCUGGUCCUGCUGCUCAUGGAAGACCUGGAAACCCUGCAGGAGAAGCGGGAGCGUCUGAACGGCCUCAUCGAGAAGGGAUGGUUCCUCCUCUCUCAGUCUCGAUAUUCUAUGGGGAAUAAGUUUGUGUCCUCUCUGCAGUACACACAGGAUAUGGUGGCUUCUGUCUGUGUCCGGGACAGCGCUGAAGACGAUGAUGGUGCAAGGUCUUUUCAUGUUGAACACAUUGAGCCCGGGCGGUUUGAGGACCAAAAACCAGAAGCUCUUCUAGAGGUGGAGGAUGUGGGAGCAGCAGAUCAGGUGCUGAGACACCGAGGGACUUCUGAGACGCAAAAACCCCCUAAGACUGAGAAAACCGAGAAGCCGAAGCCACCGCCCUCUCACGACCCACUGCGCUGGUUUGGGGUCCUGGUUCCUCAGAGUUUACGGCAAGCACAGAGCACAUUCCGCCAGGGUGUCGCCCUCAGCGCUGAAGUGACCUCACUACAGAGCAGCAUUGAUGAGACCCGCAGGCAAUACCGCACCCUGCUGGCCAGGAAGAAAGAGAUUCAGGCGCGGUCUGGCUGAGACCUCUCCGAUAGGACCCGUGAACCACUAAGGGGCAUGGGAUUGGGGAAAGUUCACAGUGGGUGAAUUACCACAGUGCGUUACCGUGGUCUCACCUGUGCCUUGGGAGGUGUCGGCAGGUGUAUGAGUGUAUUUAUGUGUGUUGGUAGUCUCUCAGAGUUACGUUACAAGUGUCGCCGUCGAUCUGGAAUACUGUAAAACCCCACAGCAGUGUCCCCUGUGACGGAGAGAAGGAGAUUCUGAAACCUAAUGAUGACGCAGGCUGGUGCGCAGGGAACGUCUGGAACCUAUCAGACUUUGCUGCCACCUUCUGGACUGUCCUAGAAAAGGAUCAUCUGUUUUUUCACCAUUACUUGUGGAAGGUUUUAUAGAACAGCGCCCCCUUGUGUUCACCGGGCAGGACUCUGCCUCUGUUCAGAUUCUCCUGCCGUUGAGUUUUAGACCUGUACACGCUGGGAAUAUUUACAUGUUUAAUUGCUGCCUUUAUGUGUUUGUGAUUUCACAGUCGUCUGGUGAUAAAAUCCUAUGGAGAGUCGUAUGCUUUGUGCAGCUAUUACGGCAGAAAUAAAUAAGGGUCGUUUUCA